UUGUUUUAGGCCGCGGGUGCGAACACAAUUGAUUGCAUUUCUGUAAAAAAAACUAAGGAUUUAUUUAAGUAAACAACUUAUUUCGCGAACGAAGUGUAGCCUACAAACUUAUUAUGUUGAAAGUUUUUUGAAUAAUGGUUUCGAAACACAUUCAAAUAUAGCAGUUUCAAAAAGGUGAAUAUAUACUUGUUGGUGUUUUUAAAUAUUGCUGCGGAGUGACGGCGCGAGUGCGGCGCGGUGACGGCGCGAGUGCGGCGCGAGUGCGGCGCGGUGACGGAGCGAGUGCGGCGCGAGUGCGGCGCGGUGACGGCGCGAGUGCGGCGGCGACAUGUGCGGCGCGUCGCUGCUGCUGCUGGCGGCGCUGCCGGCGCUCGCAGGGUGGUGCGUGGAGGGCGAGGUGGUGUCGGUGGUGGAGCCGGCAGCGGACGGGCCGGCCUUCGCGCCGCGGCAGCGCACCGCCGUGCUGGCGCCGGCCGGCCACGCCGCCACGCUGGAGUGCCGCGUGCUGCGGCUGCGCGACAAGUCGGUGUCGUGGGUGCGGUCGCGCGACCUGCAGAUCCUGUCGCACGCGGGCGCGGUGUUCACGGCGGACGCGCGCGUGUCGGCCACAUCAGCCGCGGCCGACGGCGCCGCCAGCCGGCACACGCUGCGCAUCGACCGCCUGCGCGCCGCCGACGCCGGCCGCUACGAGUGCCAGAUCAACACCGAGCCCAAGAUGAGCCUCUUCUACAACCUCACCGUCAUUGACGAGGUGGUGCCGGAGGUGGUAGUGCAGGUGGUGGGCGCGGCGCGCGUGACGGGGCGCGCGGGCGGCGCGGCCACGCUGGCGUGCGAGGCGCGCUACGAGCCCGCGCCGCGCCUGCUGCCGCUGCCGCCGCUCGACAUCCGCUGGCAGCGCGGCGACGAGCCGAUAGACUUGGAGAGCGGGCGCGGCGUGGCGCUGGACACGCAGCGCUGGGCGGCGCGCGCGGUGUCGCGGCUGACGCUGGCGCGGCUGGGCGCGCGCGACGCCGGCGCCUACACGUGCAGCGCGUCGGGCCGCGCCGCCGCGCUGCGCCUCGUGCUCGACGAGGACGAGGCAGCGGAGGCGAUGCAGCGCGACGCGGCGGCCGGCGCGGCGCCCGCCCCCCCCGCGCCCGCGCCCGCCGCGCUGCUGCCGCUGCUGGCACUGCUCGCGCUGGCGCUGCGCUGACCGGGGAGAGACGCACUAGGGACGCUCUUAUGUACAUUCUGUAUAUUUUGAACUUUGUAAAUAUCUACUGUAAAUACAUAAUUAUGGAGAGUU